CGGGUGCGACCUUCUUUUGCUCUAUGGAAUGGUGCGAGGGUGGUUUUUGUUUGUAUACUUUGUGGUAACGCGUUUUUUUAACGAGAUUUAUUGGAUUUAGAAAUGUCCAUGAUUAGAGUUCCUAAGCUUUAUGUUGUUGCAAGCAAGAUCGCAAAAUCUGUUAAAGAAGAGGGCGCAAGUUUAAAAGAACUCGUGUAUUCGCACAAAUAUAGGCAUUUUAACAUCAAGGCCCUGUACGCGCUGGUCAUAGAGACCCUCAGUCGCGAGUCGGUGUUGGGAGAGCUCCUGGAGAGGACGCGCAUUCUGGAGAAUGAGCAGCACCUGCGGUGGGACCCGUGGCUGGUUCGCGUCUUGGUUACAGAGCUGUUGUGGAGGAAGCAGCGCCUGCCGCCCGGCGGCAAGCGCAUGCAGACCGUCCUGCGCUACGAGCCCGGGCUGAGGGAGGAGCUGGCGUCCUUGGAGGCGGCCGGUGUCCCAGUCGAGAGGUCCGCGGAAGUGAACAAGCCCCGCUACGCGCGGGUCAACACCCUGGUGGCGACCUACGAGGAUGUGGUCAGCGACCUGCAGCACCGUGGCUGGAAGCACAGGAGGGUCUUCGGCCUGAGCUACCCGGACUUCCUGGACGCCGUCGCGGGCCUGCGGGAGGGCAGCUUCCUCCGCGACACCCACCUGCCGGAGCUGCUCGUGUUCCCGAAGGGGACCGAGUUCUUCACCGACCCGCUGUACCGCAGCGGCGCCAUCGUGCUGCAGGACAAGGCUAGCCUGCUGCCGGUCCACCUGCUGAACCCCCCUCCCGGCAGCGUGGUGCUGGACCUGUGUGCUGCCCCGGGGAUGAAGACCAGCCACAUCGCAGCCGUCAUGAACAACCGAGGCACGGUGUACGCGGUGGAGAGGAACGCCAAGCGCUACCAGACUCUCUGCGAGAAGGUGGAGCAGUACGGAGCGACGUGCGUGAGGACUCUGCUCGCGGACGCGCUCACGGUGAACUCGGAGCAGUGCCCCGGCGUGGAGUACAUCCUGGUGGACCCCAGUUGCUCUGGUUCAGGUAUAGUGGAUCGCGUGUCGUCGGCGACCGAGAAGCAGGCGGACCCGGCGCGGUUGCAGAGGCUGGCGACGGUGCAGGCGCUGCUGCUGAAGCACGCCCUGACGGGCUUCCCGGCCGCGAAGCGCGUCGUCUACUCGACCUGCUCGCUCGACGCGGAGGAGAACGAGCAGGUGGUCGAGGAGGCGCUCUCGCACGUCCAGUCGACCCGCGCCCCUCACAGGUUCGAGCUCGGCGCGCCGUUCGGCGGCGAGGACCGCUGGAUCAGCCGCGGCUCGGACGAGUACGAGCACGGGCCGCGCUGCCUCUACGCCAGGCCUCGCGUGGACCUGACCAACGGCUUCUUCGUCGCGGUGUUCGAGAGGCUCCCGGACGUUGCCGGCGACGUGGCGGGAGAGAGCGAGUCAAAGCAAAGGAAACUAAGCCGUAAAAAAAAGAAAUUAAAGUAAUAUUAGACGCCAGGGGAUGAGAAAUUUGGUUUUGCCCUUACGACUCUUUUUUAACAAACGAUAUGUAAAAUACCAUACACUAACAACAAAGUGUAUCGGCCUCAUUCAAUAUCCACUUUCAAAAGUUCGAGUAAUGUCUAAAAUCUAGCAGAAGUUAUGUACAACAAAUACGAAGGAACUUUCCUGUGCUGUGUGAACAGCAUUUAAUGUACAUAGCUUGAUUAAAUUCUAAUAAUGAGGUUACCUACUUUAGAUUUUGUUGAGUAAAGUAACUGGAAGUUGAACUGUUUUACAUACAAGUAUGUUUGUGCUGGAAAUUAAAAUUUUUAUUUAAAAACAUACAGAAUAAAAA